UCGUGAUCGGUCAUCGCUGUGCCCCUAAAUCGCAUAGAUUGAACAAAGAGAACCAAUAGAGGAAUCGUGUGAAAGUGUGUUCAAUUUACAGCCACCCGUCGAUUAAUUGUAACAUUCAAUCGAAUCUGCGGUCGGUAGUGCGCGUAACCCAAUCCAAUACUGCACUCCGUGUUCCUAUUGUGUGUGGUUGGCUGACGGUGUGUUAUGUGUGUGUUUUUGUUGCCCUAGAGAACCAAUACGCAGUGGCCGAGCAAACACGGAAAAGUGUCGUCUUUCGCGAGAGUGCAGGAAAAAGGAAUCCGAUUAUCCCCUAGUAAUCUAGCGAAAACCAUCCCUUAGUGAUACCGUGCGGUGGUCGUGACGUGAUAAGGCGAACAACGACACAAAGUGUAAUAAAGCCAAGGCGAUUUCUGCGUAGCGCGUCGAAUAACAACGCAAAUUAAAAUGUCGUACGCAUACUUGUUCAAAUACAUCAUCAUCGGGGACACAGGUGUGGGCAAAUCAUGCCUGUUGCUCCAGUUCACCGACAAACGCUUCCAGCCAGUGCACGAUCUAACGAUCGGUGUUGAGUUCGGAGCGCGUAUGAUUACGAUCGAUGGCAAGCAGAUCAAGCUACAGAUUUGGGACACGGCCGGCCAGGAAGCAUUCCGGUCGAUCACGCGCUCGUACUACCGAGGAGCGGCCGGGGCCCUGCUGGUGUAUGACAUAACGCGCCGCGAAACGUUCAAUCAUCUGACCACAUGGCUCGAGGACGCACGGCAACAUUCAAACUCGAAUAUGGUCAUUAUGCUGAUCGGCAACAAGAGCGAUCUCGAUUCAAGACGUGAGGUGAAGAAAGAGGAAGGCGAAGCGUUCGCUCGUGAGCAUGGUCUCGUAUUUAUGGAAACUUCGGCCCGCACGGCGGCCAACGUUGAGGAGGCAUUCAUCAACACGGCCAAGGAGAUUUACGAAAAGAUCCAGGAAGGUGUCUUCGACAUCAACAAUGAGGCAAACGGAAUCAAGAUCGGUCAGCAGCACUCACCGACCAGCCCGUCGCUCGGCAGCGGCAACAGCCCGGGUGGACCGGCCAGCAGUGGAUGCUGCUAAGCGUCGUGCCGCCAGCCACCGACGACGAUCCUGAUGUGUAGUGCUUCCCCACCCGACGACGGUCCCACAUCGACGACGACGAUGAUGGUUGGUCGCACCUGGGAUGAGAUCAAGUAACCGACCUCAUCGCGUAGAACCGUUGGUUUAAUGCAAAGGUGGGGGGGAAGCACAUGGCUCGUUAGCGAAACGCGGCCCGAACUCAAAUGGACAAAUGAGAUGCCGUGUCGCGGACCGCUGUACCGAGCUUGGAAAGCGAAGGCCUGUGUUUGCGUAUGUGCGUGUGUGUGUGUGUGUUUGAUCUAAAAUUUUACCGUUGGAGGCUGCAUUUUCUUCUCUACAACAAUACAACUACAGUAGCAAAAACCGAAAGCCCAAAAAGAAAACCAAUCUCAAUCCCUGUUCCGAUGACACGUAAAUUCCCACACUGGAAGCGAAAAACGAGUCGCAGAAGGCACUAACAACGGCAGUCAAUCGUGGAUUGGCUUGUCCGUGGACGUGAAGAUCGCAGUAGAAGAGGACAGAUCGAGGAGCACGACACCGUUACCAAACUGAAAUCAAUUCCCAAAUUGCGAGCGAGUUAAGUGAUUACGUAUAAAAUGGGUAUACGAGAGUGUACGAAAAAUAGGAUAAAUGGUCUCAUAAAGGGAAUACUGCAGCCAGUAAGAGCGAGUGGCAUGAUUACCGAACAACAAAUUCACACGCAUACCCUACCCCCAAUCAAUCCGUUUCCGAUCCGAGCAUUAACGGUACAUCUUCCAACAAAGCAAAAAACCAAACAAAACAUCCUUUGCAGCAGGUGUGCAGCAGAGCAGAUUGUGUCGGCAGGAUUGUGUCAGCUGUGGCGGCGGGUGAUUGUAAAGUAGUAUAACAAAACAAAAAACAUUACAUACAUAGUUUUAAUCUCAUCACGAUGGAGGUGUAUUUGAGGCGCAAGCGUGAGAUAACUUUUCCUGACAUUUUUUCCACAAACGAACAAAACAGCGGGCCAACAGCUGCUUUCUCUACACUGGCACCGAAACCGACCAUCUACUGUUCUACUUUUCACGGUGAAGCGGACACGUUUCUACUAUUACGCAUACGCAGAUUGUUUCGCUAAUACGCAAGAUACUGGGUACGAUUAACACUCGUUGCGGAUUGAAGACUAAAGACUAAAUAAGCAGACUAAAUGAUAAGGGAACUAUAUUAUAGAUCACGAUAGGCAAGUCGAGGAUUGGCAAAUAAAGCAACGUCCCAUAUGAGCUCUGGUUUUCCAUUACUCGUCGAAAGGUUUCCAAUUCAGUUUUACAACUUGCCCGUUGCUCUUCCAAUUCAUUUUCUAGAUUCUAGUUGCUUUUCCAAUUGACACGAAUAGCGAUGAAAAUCUAUUAAACGGUGGAUUUUAUUCUCAUAAACCGAAUAGUUGCAACAACAGUGUUUGUCUUAGAUUUCUGCCUUGAUCAAUAUUGUGUUUGCUGUCCACUUUAAAACGACUACAUCACCGUAUAUCUUAUAUUUUGUUAAAACCGCUGUUGCAGUAGCUGAAACUACUUGUCUAGAUAACCACACACAGCGGCAGUAGGCAGUUAUGACCAGUUGAGAGUCUAAUGAAUUCUGAUGGAGUUUGCACCAAUUCCAUGCUUGAGAGGUCGGCAAUACUUGCGUUUUCUUGAUCGGAAUGUUACAGAAAACAGUUCCACGCACUCGAUUUCUUGAUCAGCGGUGCGCCCGAGUUCCUCAUUUGUCACAGCCCAACGCACCCCAAAGAGAGAUCCACACUCGGGUGUACGGUAUCGUAGCUAAACAAACAUUAAUCCCCCGUUUAUUACUAACACAACAAUAAAUAAAACACAAUCCGACGAACUGGUGGCUAUUUGGGAUAAUAACAUAAAAUUCAAGGAACGUGAUAAAUAGUUGUUCCAUUGCGAAGCAGCUUGACUAAGCACCGAAAAGCACGAGCAACAUGAGGUUAGCGAAUGAUGAAAGGUGUGCAAAUGAGGUCAUCUCCACAAGAUCCGGAUGCCUGCAGGGCUGGCGUCAAAUUUAUUGGCAUAUAGUUGUGUACGGUAUAGAUAAAGCUGAAAUAAUAAAAAAGACAACUGGAACUGAAUUCGCGAAACGGUGCA